AAGAUUAAGAUGACCUAAGACGAUAACUAGACGAUCCACCACGUACGAUAUAUCUUUCAUCUCUACAUAAUUAAUACACCUGUUGAAAUUAGCAUUCACCUUUAGUUAAAAAAAACGUCUAUCAAAAAUUAGAAGUCGGAAAUCAGACCUUAUUCUAAUCUACAACAUCCUCCUCUCCACCUCAGGCCAAACAGUUUGAUGUAUAUUCAUUUCAUUUAUUCCUCGGGGCCCCAGGUUUCUAUUCCUACCUCAACUCUUAAUUUUUCGACGUCGCAUUCGUAAAUCUAUAAAUAAUCACCUCGUGGUCACACAGCCUUAUGUCAAUAAGUACGGUCCAUUAAAAUGGGGACACUUCGUCAACCACAGAGGCACAUCGUCAUUGGCCUUGGCACAUUCUUCUUCAUAGCUUGCUUCCUCAUAUUUGCACCGCGGCCUGCACGUCUCAGUCUUCAUUCUAUUGGCCACGGCGCUCUUUACGCCCCGCCAACAUCCUCUUCAAGGAAGAUUGAUCGGUUUUAUGACAAGGAUUACAAGGGCAGUUCUUCUCCCGUAGAUAUUAAUCGGGUCACCAACGAAACCCUGGGCUUUGAGAAGAUCUUGAUCGUCGGUCUUCCAGAGCGGUCCGACAAACGCGAUGCCAUCGCACUUACUAGCUCCUUGACCGGGUUCCGUGUUGAGUGGGUUGAUGGUGUGAAGGGAGAGACCAUCCCGGAUAAAGCUGUGCCGUUUGGAACAGAUCGAAAGAAGCUCUGGGAAACAAAUCUAGGAAGCUGGAGAGGGCAUAUGAACGCAGUUCGCAAAAUAAUAUCAGAAGACAUCAGCUCAGCCCUGAUCAUGGAAGACGACAUGGACUGGGAUGUGCGUCUAAAGCCCCAGUUGGAGAGGGUUGCUCAGGGCGCUAGAGCCCUUCUCUCAUCUGCCUCGAAGCCCAACUCCCCCUACGGAGACGACUGGGAUCUAAUGUGGCUUGGGCAUUGUGGGGAGGUUUUCCCCGAAACUUUGGACGAGAACAUAGAAAAACCUGACAAUUCCCCUGCCAUCGAAUAUAUGUCACGGAAGUUCGUCAUCGAGAAAGAUUCUACCGUACCACCGAAAGACAGAGUUACUGGUCUCGUCAACUUUGUAGAUUAUCCCGAGUAUACACGUUGGGUGCACAUCACGGGUGCUCCCAUCUGCACUUUCGCGUACGCGCUCUCUCAGCAAGGAGCUCGCAAAGUUCUCCUUGACCUGUCGGUAGAUCACUUGACAGGGCCGUUUGAUAACGCUCUAGCUGGACUAUGCAGACGAGCAGUUUCAACGUGGGGCGUCGAAGAUCCUGCGGUGGCCGGCGACCGGGGACUCGACGCAAAAUGUAUCAGCGUCACGCCACCUAUAUUCUUCCACCACAAAGCCAGAGGUCUCGUCAAUGGUGACAGCGAUAUCCAGACAGUUAAAGACGGUCAGAUUCGUGAAAAGGGUAUGACCGAGAAUAUUGUGUGGAGUGCAAGAAAUAACAUUAGGAACUUGAUCAUGGGAACUAGGAUAGAAACCCAGUAUGAAUAGAGAUUCAACUUAAUACCAGGCC